AUGCGUCGAACAAAGGUAUUCUCUGGUUCUUCGCACGUAGAACUUGCAAUUUCCAUAUGCGAAAAGCUUGGUAUUGGUUCUCCUGCUCCAGUCAUUCUAAAGAAGUUUUCUAAUCAGGAGACUUCAGUAGAAAUUGGUCAGUGUUGUUCAGUACGAAAUGAGGAUGUAUUUAUAAUUCAGUCGGGCUCGACACAUACUAACGAUCACCUCAUGGAAUUGCUUAUUAUGAUUUCAGCUUGUAAGGGUGCAUCAGCGAGUCGUAUAACUGCUGUUAUGCCGUAUUUUCCAUACUGUAAACAAAGUAAAAAGAAGAAGCAUCGUGGGGCUAUAACAGCGAAAAUGGUUGCCAAUUUGCUUUCAGUCGCGGGAGUAGAUCACAUUAUAACAAUGGAUCUCCAUGCAUCUCAAAUACAAGGAUUUUUUAACAAACCUGUAGAUAACCUAUAUGCGGAACCUACUAUUGCCAAAUGGAUUCAAGACACCGUUCCUGGUUAUUCGAGAGGAGUGGUAGUUAGCAAAAAUCCAGGCGGUGCUAAGAGAGUAACAUCUCUUGCUGAUCGUCUCAAACUUGAUUUUGCUAUUAUUCAUACCGAUCGAACACGCGCGUGUCAUCAAUAUUCUGUGAACUCCACU